UCCUAUUUUCAUCGGUUUGAAGAUUGAAUGACUCGGCUUCACUCCGACACUCGGCUGUUUCCGUGAGCGUCGAGCAGUUGAACCGCUUCGAAAUCGAAACACCUUCAAGGACUUUUGAAUUAAGUGGAAUGGCAGUCUCGCUUCACUCCAGACAUCUCCUAUAACAUACAACAGAGAGGUAUCCCUCUUACCAUCAGGUUCCUACAGCAGCCACCUCUGAGUUCAACUGAACCAAAGAGUUGAAAACGAGACUGCCAUCGCUCCAAGUCCAGAACUGACCUCACUGGGGUGCUCGGGUAGAGGAAGACAUCCCAAUGAUCGGAGCCCCAGCAGCCCAAGAGCCUUCGCUAAAGCAGAGAGACCAGAAGACCACAGCCUGAACCAACCCUUGUCUUUCAAACCUAAUUCAACUUGAAAUAUCUUUAAAAAAUAAUAGACCGUAUUCAUCUGAGAGGGAGGGGAGAAACAAGCAUCAGACUCUGGUCUGACUGGAAGACACCCAUACACAGUCAGCCUGCCCCUACUGUCCUCGGAUGGAGACCCUCGCUGGAUCCAGACUCAGCUGCCACAUUACAGGAUGUGAUUCCCAGUAAAGUAGUCAUACAGAGAGAAACACAGCAUGAAUGCAGUGAAAACUACUGAGCUGUCUGUCCACGGUAAGGAGAACAGGCAAAGUCCUGGACACCUAAAGACUGAAGAGGACAAUGAGGACCCCCAAGACAAGAAGGACCUCAGCAACCACACAACCAGGAAGCAGCCCUCAACCAAUGUGAGCAAGAAGGUUCUGCAGUUCAGACUCCAGCAGAGGAGGACUGGAAAGCAGCUUGCAGACCAGGGCAUCAUGCCUCUAAAACAUGGGACACUUCCUAAGCAGGAGGACUCGUAUGCAUUCGAGGAGGACAGCAGCAGUGACAGUCUGUCUCCAGAGCAAAUCCACAGUAGCAGUCUGUCUCCAGAGCAACCCCACAGUGAUGAGUCCCAGGGGUCCGCAUGCCCCUCUUUUGAAGCCAUGGGCAGCACCCCCUCCUCCUCCUCAUCACCAGCCCUCACUAGACCUAGACAGGGGUGUCAGAACAGAGACCCGUCUGAUCAGAGCCAGGAAGAUGGCUUGUCUGUGGCUAACGAUAGGCAGUCUGCAGCCCCACCGGCCGUAGUCAACUCCAAGACCCCAGACAAGAACCGCCACAAAAAGCCCAAAGACGUGAAGCCUAAGGUGAAGAAGCUGAAGUACCACCAGUACAUCCCUCCGGACCAGAAGGCCGAGAAGUCCCCCCCUCCCAUGGACUCGGCCUAUACCAGGCUCCUGCAGCAACAACAGCUCUUCCUACAGCUGCAGAUCCUCAGCCAACAGAAACAUGCACACACACAUUCACACACACACUCACAGUACACACACUCCCGACAUGCCCAACACACACAGCAACGCCAGCAUAGCUUCAACUACCAGCCUCUGCACCAGCCGGCCCUAGCCCAGAAACAAUCCAGUGAGCAGCUGAUGGUGUGUACCUCGAGUGUUCCUACUAACACAGUCAACAGUAGCUCCUUGUCUUCAGUGAAGACCACAUACUCCGGUCAAACCAACGUCUCAUCAGUCAAACCUGCUCCUCUCCCACCUAACCUGGAUGACCUGAAGGUGUCACAGCUCAGACAGCAGCUGCGGAUCCGGGGCAUGCCAGUCUCAGGAACCAAGAUGGCCCUCAUCGAGAGACUCUGCCCCUUCAAGGACCACACCUCAAGCCCCUCCCAUUCAGGCUCCAAUGACAUCACCACAAUCACCUUCCCUGUCACCCCCACGGGGUCCCUGUCCUCCUACCAGUCCCCCUCCUCCUCCAGCACCCUCUCCCAGGGCGGGUAUUACCCCUACCCCAGCACUUCGUCCACCCCACCCAUAUCCCCCACUUCCUCAGACCUCUCCCUCAGCGGCUCACUCCCAGACAGCUUCAGCGGCAUGCCCAUGUCCUCCUCGCCACUGUUUUGCAUCCAGCCGUCCCCAGGCCAGCUCAGCGCUGAGGAAGGCCAGGGGGGAGGGGGUUUGUGCGGGGUAGGACUGCAGGGAGGGGAGGUUGGAGGAAUGGAGCGGGAGAAGGAUAAGAUUUUGGUGGAAAAACAGAAAGUGAUUGAGGAGCUGACGUGGAAGUUGCACCAGGAACAGAGACAGGUGGAGGAGCUCAAGAUGCAGCUGCACAAGAGGAAGCGUUGCCAUGGCGCCACACAGGAGGGUGUCCUGGCUCCAUCCCAGCCCCACCACCUUCCCCUCCAGCAAUCCCCGUCCCUGAUGGGGCAGCACUUCUUUGGGGUGACAGUCAAGCAGGAGCCCAUGUCCCUCUCCUCCAGCUGCCCUUUCUCCUCCCCCAAGCACCUAAAGAGUCCUCCAGGAAGCUGCAUGGAGGAGAUGGGCCAUUGCGGUGCCUCCCUGCCCAGUAUGGGGGGCCCUGAUGGGCCACGAUGCCUGGACCAGACCACCUCCUCUGGAAGUCCCUCAGGCAUGUGUGCCUUCCUGAGUCCCCAGUGCUCUCCUGAAGACUCGCCCAUUACCAAGAAGUCCAACAGCCCCCAGCCUUCCUCCCCCAACAACCCCUACCUGCUGUCACUGCCGCUGGGCAGAGACAGGUGCAGCCAGCCCCUCAACCAGGCCAGCACCAGGACCUGCAACAUGCAGAUUCACCAGAAGAAUGAAGGCCAGGCUGUAAACUGCUCCUAUCCCUCUGACCAGAGAGGGCUUCAGUCAGCGCUCCCCAACUCAGCCGACAACAGCCUGAACCGCAGGGUCAACCUUAAGUCCAAGAACCCAAAUAUGCAGCAGAUACCUAUAUUGCCCUGUCCCCAGCACGUUGGCCAAAAGUGCCCGGUCUCGUCCCCCGCCUUCUGUAGCUCAGAUUCAGCUGCAUCCGACUCUAGGCAGCCCCCUUGCUAUGAGGAUGCAGUCAAGCAGCAACUGACCAGAAGUCAGCAGAUGGAUGAGCUUCUGGAUGUGCUCAUAGAGAGUGGAGAGAUACCAGCUAACGCCAGAGAAGAGAGGGAGAGGUCCUCUGUAACCAAAGUUGUGCCUCACAUUACAGUGUCCCCUGGAACCACCGACCUUGCCGACCCAAAGUUCCACCGAAGACACUAUGAACACCUGUCCCCCUCCCAGCUCAAUUACGAUCACACAGCCAAUCACAUUGCAGACAGCCACCUGGAGACCCUGCUGGGAAGCCCUCUAGGCCGAGGGGGUGAGGUCGCCCUUCUCAAGAUGGGCGCAGAGGAAUCAGGGCAGGGAGAGGAGGGGGAUAUUGGACUAGAGGGCUACCCCGGUCCGAACCACCACCACCAGGACAAACUGCUCUCCAACAGGGGCCUGAUGGAAACCCCAACACCUCUAUCUCCCAUCCACUCGAAAGUGACGUCUGUGGCCGAGGUGCAGGGGAUGGUCGGCAUGACGUUUAGCGAGUCGCCGUGGGAGACGAUGGAAUGGCUGGACCUGACGCCCCCGAGCUUGGCGACGGGAUUCAGCUCUGUCCCUCCAACCGGGUCAAGCAUCUUCAACACAGAGUUCCUGGACGUUACAGACAUCAACCUGAAUACAGCCAUGGACCUUCAUCUAGAGCACUGGUGAAACACCGGAGACUAGCAACCUACAAAAAUAACAAUAUUUUAUUAAUUCAGCAGACUCUCUUUUCCAGAGUGACUUACAGGAGCAAUUAGGUGCCUUGCUCUGAGUUUUCACCGAGUCGGCUCAGGGAUUCAAACGCUCUUAACCGGCAGGCUACCUGCCAGCCCCAAACACAGCAGGAUACAUGCUAGCUACCUGGAAAACACAACAAAAGACUAUAGUGUCUAGCUACUAGCUAGCUACCUAGAAAACACAAGAGGCUAUAGUGUCUACUAGCUAGCUACCUAGAAAACACAACAAUAAACUAUAGUGUCUACUAGCUAGCUACCUAGAAAACACAACAAGAGACUAUAGUGUCUAUUAGCUAGCUACCUAGAAAACACAACAAGAAACUAUAGUGUCUACUAGCUAGCUACCUAUAAAACAGAACAAGAAACUAGUGUCUACUAUCUAGCUACCUAGAAAACGCAUCAAUAGACUCGUGUCUAGCUACUAGCUAGCUACCUAGAAAACACAAGAGACUGUUGUCUACUAGCUAGCUACCCAGAAAACACUAUAGACUGUAGUGUCUACUAGCUAGCUACCUAGAAAACACAACCAGAAACUAUAGUGACUAGCUACCUAGAAAACACAACAAGAGACUAGUGUCUAGCUAAUAGCUAGCUACCUAGAAAACACAACAAUAGACUAUAGUGUCUACUAGCUAGCUACCUAGAAAACACAACAAGAGAUGAUAGUGUCUAGCUACUAGCUAGUUACCUAGAAAACACAACAAGAGACUAUAGUGUCUACUAGCUAGCUACCUAGAAAACACAACAAGAGACUAUAGUGUCUAGCCACUAGCUAGUUACCUAGAAAACACAACAAGAUACUAUAGUGUCUAGCUACUAGCUAGUUACCUAGAAAACACAACAAGAGACUAUAGUGUCUAGCUACUACCUAGCUACAUAGAAAACACAUCAAUAGACUCGUGUCUAGCUACUAACUAGGUACCUAGAAAACACAACAAGAAACUAUAGUGUCUACUAGCUAGAUACCUAGAAAACACAAGAGACUGUUGUCUACUAGCUAGAUACCUAGAAAACACAACAAGAGACUAUAGUGUCUAUUAGCUAGCUACCUAGAAAACACAACAAGAAACUAUAGUGUCUACUAGCUAGCUACCUAUAAAACAGAACAAGAAACUAGUGUCUACUAUCUAGCUACCUAGAAAACGCAUCAAUAGACUCGUGUCUAGCUACUAGCUAGCUACCUAGAAAACACAAGAGACUGUUGUCUACUAGCUAGCUACCCAGAAAACACUAUAGACUGUAGUGUCUACUAGCUAGCUACCUAGAAAACACAACAAGAAACUAUAGUGACUAGCUACCUAGAAAACACAACAAGAGACUAGUGUCUAGCUAAUAGCUAGCU